CCCCAUCGAUCACCCGCCGUUCCCCUCCAAACGGCCUUGCUGACUCUGGCGAGACGACCGGAUCCCUGUCCAAGCCUCGUACUCCCCCCCUUGACCAAACUAUUCAGCAUAGACUUUGACGUUUCGUUAUGGUAUUGGGUGCUGGACUCGGUGGAGCCAAACGUACAAGCAUCGUCUAGGUUUCGUCCGAAUUACUGAAGUCCUCUCUCUUCAUAAACCUACGCACGCAGAGCCCGCUGUGCCCGGACGCCGGAGGAACGCAAGUGAAGGCUCUACUUACACUAGCUGCGAGCUUGUUGCCCGACUCUCCCAAAGUCUCAUGCAUGGAGAAACAAGAAGGCAUCGCCCGUGUCGUCCGUUGCAGGCCAUAUCCAUGCCGUUUCGUCGAUCUCUAACGCUGGCGCCGCUCUGCACCGUUGGUUUUUGGUUUAGGUCAUCUGCCACCCUUAAGAUCGCGGCCUGCCUCUUUGCAUCCGUCAUGUCUGCUUUUGACAGACGCCGUCAACGCCCAAGAGAGUCGUUUUGACAGCGCCAGUCAGUUUUUGUUCAAACGAAAGAACACCUAGUAUUAUUUGUUGAUCUCGUCUCGUCCAGCAAAGAUGCUCGUGGGAAAGUCGGUCCCAGAACUCAUCCUUGUGCGGUCCAUGGUGAUCUUCUUCCAAUACCUUGGACUCGGCUGCUUCCUCUACUUUUGGUUCGUCUUCGCCAUAGUAGGCGUCCCCGGUAUUGCCCACCCCGUUUCCAUCGUCAUCGAGGUCGUCGGCGCCAUCGAAAUCCUUUUCUACCUGGUCUGGUUCAUCCCCUAUCGGAGCCGUCUACAGAAACCGGGGCCUCAACCAACGCCGCUGUCACGAGAUGAGCGUCGACGGUUCUUCUAUGAUGGCUUGGAUCAUGUGCCCGAUGUGGAACAGUACAUUCGGAAAUGGCACUGCAACGCCCAGCUCGGCGACAUACGGAGGGAGAACCUGAAGGACUGGUUGUUGUGGGCGCUGUUCGACAAGCAAGGCCAUCCGGGAGAGCACGAGGAGGAGCUUGAGGAAUACAUCGCCGAUGCCGAGGAGCGAGCCGGUGUCACCAUCAAGGGCGGCUUUGGAGAUUCCGCCCCGAUGCGCCUCAGCUUCGACCCCAUCGAGAUCACCCAUCGAAGCUUGUUCUUCUACCUUAUUACAGGCUCGCUCGACUUCUUCGCCACCCUCGUCCUCUUCAUCAGGGGCUUCAAGUUCUACCGUCAACCACGCAACACCUUCUUCUCCGUCUUCCCCUGGCGGCCCAUGACCCUCCUCUCCCCCAACGAGUCCGCCGACCCGAGGCUCAGCUACUUCUGCCGCCCACACACGUCCACGACCCAGCGUCCCAUUCUCUUCAUGCACGGCGUCGGCGUGGGCAUGCUCCCCUACCUCCUCUGGCUCUGGAGCAUCCCAAAGGACGUCGGCGUCCUCGCCAUUGAGAUCCUCCCCGUCUCCUCGCGCAUUUGUCCACCCUUGCAGUCCACCAAGGAACUUGUAGAUGGCAUCGACGCCAUCAUCAUGCAGCAGGCUUACACCGACUUUGUCUUUGCCGGCCACUCCUUCGGCACCCUUCUCGCGUCGCCCUUGCUCAAGCGGCCCGACAUCGCGGCUAGGAUCAACUCGAUCGUCCUCAUCGACCCCGUCUCCCUGCUCCUCCACCUGCCCGCCGUGGCCUACAACUUCACCCGGCGGAGGCCGAGAUGGGGCAACGAGUGGGAGAUCUGGCUCGUCGCCACAGACCCAAUGGUUGCGCACACGCUCGCCCGCCGGUUCCGCUGGCAGGAUUUCAUUCUGUGGACGCCGCAGCUUCAGGGCAAGCGCACGACGGUGGUGGUGGGCGGCGAGGACUGCGUGACGGACCCGAGCGCCGUCGCUAGCUACGUCUACUUUGGCGACCUCAACUACACCCGCCACGACAAGCUCGAGUGGGCUACGACGCCCGAACGAUGGACAGGCCGGGGAGAGCUGGAGCUGAUGUACCUCGACGGCAUGGACCACGGUCAGGCGUUCCUGAGCGUCAAGCACAUGCCGCAGAUCGGCAACGUCGUGUUGGCCUAUACCCACCUCAAAGGGUCCAUGGAGUCGAGACAAGCGGACGCAGCCAAGGAAGAAGAGCUGAACCAGAUAUGA